CGCAAAAAAAUGUAAAUGUGCUUUCGCCUCGUUGCAGUCGAUGAUUAUAGUGGGGGACGAUGUAAGGGGACAUCAGACAACAGGAAGGGGGGAAAAAGAGGAGGGUAUAGCGAUGUUGCCACGUGGUUUGUUGAUCGGUUGCCUCUUCAUCCCGAUACGACUCAGAUCUCUGACCCCCACUGCACGCAUGUUAAAUGUGGCUCCACGGUUUUAAAAAUAGAAGGUACCAUCCCAUCCCUCGAUGUAAAUGCAUGUCACGACGAGAUUAUAUACGUUUCUGUACAAAUUAUCAUAAAGAUGGCAUUGCAUUCUACACCCACUAAGUAAACAAUGAGCAGGAUUGCACCUAAUAAUAAAAAUACUUGAGUCUGGGGGACUUCAAUUUUGUUAAGGCGAUCCUUAACGAUGUCGCAAGUAUCUGAUCGAGAUGACCUACAUUAUGAUAAAACAGGUUCCGGUAUUUUGGUCACAAUAAAAAUGUCCAGACAUAUUUCUUUACCAUUCGGACACGUAAACUUAGACGUAUAAAAAUGUCUACAAUUGAGUAUAUAAUUGAUCACACUUACGAAAAAUGAAUGUCAAUACGUGCAUUUCAAAAUGGUUUAUUAAAAAUCGAAUUCUAAUUGACAUAAAAUAUGUCGCGUAAUAAAUGUAUCAAAAUAAUACA